AUGCCUUUAAACAAUCAAAUCAAAGCAUCGAAAUCGGGCAACGAGCUCUUCAAAUCUGAUACACAAUACACCUGCCAAAUGCAGAAGAUGUCUGAGUUGGUGUCAACAAUCGAUGUAAAGGAUGACGACAUUUCUGGAGGAUCAAUCGAAUACGAUGAAUUCUCGGAGAAUCGUCUCUUCAUCUCAAACUUCCCUUUUGAAUGGACUGAAAAGGAAUUGCGCGAGUUUUUGAAAGAUUAUGGACCGGUUGAAUCGGUGGAAAUUGUUUACAACGAGCGCGGAAGCAAGGGAUUUGGAUUUGCUACAAUCAACGAUGCGGAACGUUGUUUGAAAGCUCGACGGACGCUGAAUCACACAAUUGCUAAUGGACGUCGAGUUGAAGUUCGUCGUGCACACAAGCAUAAGCGAGCCACCAACACUGGACCACCACAAGGACAAAAGCAAAACACAGCCGAAAUGCUUCAACAGAUCCAAAACCUGAAUGCUUUGCUGAUGGCUCAAUUCCAACUUUCGCAGCUGCAACAACCCAUGGCUCUUGCCCAGGCGGCGCUUGCUCAACCAGCAGUUCUUACACUUCUUCAGAAUCAACUUGCUGCGAAUGCUCUUGCUGGCCUUGGUAACUCGUGUGCUGAUCUCUCAUCUUUCUCCAACCCUGCUCUUGUAUCAACAAUGGCUUCGCCCGCGUUUGUGCAGCCUCAAUCGCAAACCCAAACCCCUGUUGGAAGCGGACGAGAAGCGUUCAAGGCUUCUAUGCGUUCAAAGGUUGGUCGGGAGAACGUACAACAAGAAGCUCCAACAUCGGGUGUGGAUGGCUUUACACAGAACAUUUGGGACUACUCACCACGACAAAGAAUUGAAGUCAACAGCACUCCUCGCACCUACAGGCUUUUCAACACUCCGAAGAUUGGUCUGCGCCGUGCCUUUGAUCGCAACGAGCCAAUCGUUGCUUCGACGCAAACUAUUGGAUAUGAUGAUGAAGGACACAUCGAGAUUGGCCAAAUUCCACUUUGUACAUCGACUCCUUUACGUCAAGAGUUUCGUCAUGAAUUCCCACAUGACCGCUCUUUUUCGAUGCCGGAUAUGCACAAACUUGGCCACGAA